AUGGCAGACCCAGGUAAAAAGCAAAAAGACUACUCAGAAGAGGCCAAGACUGCCAUUUCAGCGGCAUGGGAUCAGGCAAAGGCCUCUGGCAACUACAAAGCAUCGGCAGAGCAGUUAAUGGCCCUUGAAAAACAAACCCGUAAUGCGUCGGACGCUCCGUCAACUACAUUACUUGUGCAAGCAAUCUUGAGCCUCGCAUAUGACAGCAAGGAUCAAGCAUAUGUUCUCGAGUGUCUUACGGUCCUCUCAAAGAAGCAUGGACAAUUCAAGACGUCCGUCACGACAAUGGUUGAUCAGGUGAUGGAAUGGCUACCCGCCAUCAAGGAGAAGGAGGGUAUCAAGACGUGGUUGGAAUGGGUCGGAGCGCUGCGAACUGUAACAGAGGGCAAGAUCUUCCUUGAAACACCAAGAGCAAGAGUCACCCUCGCGUUGGCACUCUAUCACGAGGGCCUUGCGAACAAGCCCGUGGAAGGCUCGCCGACGCCCGCAGAAUCUCUCCAAACGGCGUCUGACCUCCUGCAAGAGUUGCAAGUGGAGACAUACUCUUCCAUGGAACUCAGAGAGAAGAUCGAAAUUCUCCUCGAGCAGAUGCGCCUAUUGAUGUUGGUCGCGCGAAUCAAAGACGAGCAAGCCGCUGCGGCAGGUGGUCUUGCUGACGGUGAGGCAGACUGGGUCAAGAUGAAGGUUGGAGGCCGCAAGGUCAAUGAAGGCUUUAUUAACAAGCCAGAGAACAAGGAUCUCAAACUCAAGUUUCAUGAGCUGAUGAUCGAGCACUCUUUGCGUCACUCUGCCUAUUUAGAAGUUGCUAAGAGCUUCUACAAAAUCUGGGAGAUGCCAUCCAUUCAAGAGGACCAAGAUGGUGCCGCCCAAAGUGCACUCGAGCACAUUGUUUACUACUUGAUUUUGGCGCCCUACGACAACGAGCAGUCUGACAUGAUCAACCGACUCUAUGUCGAUCCAGCGUUGAGCAAACCUCGAAGAGAGGCGUACUACAACCUCGUCAAGCGAUUCGUCACGAAAGAACUCAUGCGAUGGUCCGGUAUCCGAGAAUUCUUUGGUCCAAUCCUCUCUGCCAGCGACGUCUUCAAUGGUCCGAACGGCGAGAAGCGCCUCAAAGAUCUUCAUACGCGAGUCACGGAGCAUAAUAUUCGUGUCAUUGCAGAGUACUACUCCAAAAUCUCUCUUCAACGACUGACAGACCUCCUCAUGCUAAGUAGAGACGAAACAGAGGAGGUCCUCAGUCGUCUUGUCGUAUCAGGCAUGGUCUGGGCGCGUAUCGACAGACCAGCGGGGAUAGUCACAUUCAGACAGAAGAGAAGUGCAGAAGAGGUGAUGAACGACUGGUCGUCGGACAUGAACAAGAUGCUCGGCUUGGUGGACAAGGCCUGGAUGACCAUGUCCGCAGAGGUUGCUGCUCGAAGCGUCGCGUCAAAGUCUCAUGCCUAA